AUGUCUCAUCUUCUUCCUUUUCUCCGUGGCAAUGGCGAAGUAUCCCAUCGGGAUGGUAGUACCAGAACCGCCUUGACGGCCACGCUCACAGACGGUACUGGCACCUAUGGAAUCUACACCCCCAGCCUCACCCACGACACACCGGAGCCCACGGUCUUAUUGCGCGAAAUCCAACAGGCUGCCGAAGACAUAUCACAGCUCGUUGGACGAUUUGGGUUCAAGAUGGCAAAAACGCUCACGACUCCUUUUAUCAAAGAGGCGCUUUUCGCGGAUAAGAAAAUGCUUCAACUACCGUGCCUAAUGUUCUGUUCCAAACCAAUCCACGACUCGACUUCGGCACCGCUGCUGUGGUGGCUCUGGAACGAGCUACUCGACUACCUGCCGCCGAUAGGCGGCACGCGAGACUGCAGACUCGACUUCAAGCCCGCCUUCAGAACUGACAUAGCCCUGCCCUAUGCGAUCAUCAUCGACAUUUCGAGCAAAAACAACAACGACAACAUUGAGCUUACUGCGUCGUAUGGCGGGCUAUUCGAUGAGCGGCGCAUCUUCGAUGCGCCUAUCACUCGGUUUGACUUUCCCAAGUCGGAAAGGUACGGCAGGCCGACCAUGGCUAGCCUGGACAUCGACCAAGACCCGUACGAAGGAAACGGCUGCAUCGCUCACAUUUUUGUGUACCUCGUGCCUCGUCUGGAGAGCAAAUGGCGGCACGCCAUGGAGGCUUUCCCUUCAGAGAAAGAGGAGGACCUGGUCAUCGCUCUAGCUAAGACCCACAAAGCGGGAGACGACCGCUUCGCCAUGUCGGAGAACCAACAACAGCAGUGCCAGAACCUGCUACAGCGCUUCCUGACCGACGCCAGGGACUACGUAGCCGAGAAUGGGCUCGUAGGAAUGGAGAAAGGACCGUACAGCGGGUCUGCAUUUCAACCCCCAGGUCCGAAGGACUAG